AUGGAUUAUUCAUACGAUAGUAUCAUGCCUAACUUUAGGCUCGAUGGUAGAUUAGCUAUCCUUACUGGUGGCUCUGGUGGCUUGGCAACAGUGAUCUCAAGAGCUCUUCUUGCUCAAGGUGCUGAGGUUGCACUUAUUGACAUGAACUUAGAGAGAACCAAAGCUGCCGCCAAGGAAGUUGAAGCAUGGGGCCAAGAGCACUUGAAAGGCAGACAUGAAGCUCCUGUUGUUGAAGUUAGUGCUUGGUCUUGUAAUAUUGCAGACGCUAGAUCUGUAGAAGAGACAUUCGCAGCAAUUAAUGAACAUCACAACAAAGUAGCAGAUCUUUUGAUCAACUCCGCUGGUUACUGUGAAAAUUUCCCUGCUGAAGAAUACCCUGCAACGAACGCUGAAGGUAUAAUGAAAGUCAACAGUUUGGGUGCCUUUUAUGUUUCGCAAUCAUUUGCUAGACCAUUGAUUGCCGAAAACAAGAAAGGUUCAAUAAUCUUGAUCGGAUCAAUGUCUGGUACCAUCGUUAAUGACCCUCAGCCACAGUCUAUGUACAACAUGUCUAAAGCUGGUGUUAUUCACUUGACUAGGUCUUUAGCUUGUGAAUGGGCUAAAUAUAAUAUCAGAGUCAACACUUUAUCACCAGGUUACAUCUUAACGCCGUUGACUAGAAAUGUGAUCUCUGGUCACACUGAGAUGAAGGAGGCUUGGGAAGCAAAGGUUCCAAUGAAGAGAAUGGCUGAGCCGAAGGAAUUUGUCGGUUCUAUUUUGUAUUUGGCAAGUGAAACUGCUUCUUCCUACACUACUGGUCAUAAUUUGGUUGUUGACGGUGGUUACGAAUGCUGGUGA